ACCUAACAACAAUAAUCAAUCAAACAAUCUUCUCUCUCUCCUACACACUCUCUCAUAAAAGGACACCAAAAAAAAUAAUGACGGUUGUGUUCUGAUUGAUUGAAUGAAACUUUGUGAGAAAGAGAAUCAUAGGGUAAGGUAAAGCAACAGUAGCAUGGUCACCAAGUUACUACUUCAAUUACUACUACUACUAGUAGAAGAACAAUACAAUUAUAGCUAGCUAUAUCACCACCACAACAAAGAAACACCAUUGUUUCUUUCUCAUUUUUCUAUAACUGGAAAAUUCACCCACCACUCUUAAAAAACUUAACUUUAUCCUUAAACACACUGUUUUCUUAUCUGGGUUUUUUGAGAUCCGUUCUCUCUUGUUUUCAUAAGAUCUGUUUGCUUUUCAAGUUUUCAUCUUUUUACUUUUUCACCUUCUGGGUCUUGUUGGUUGAGGGAAGGAAUAUAAGGAUUGUUGUGUGCAAUGAAGUGUUUAGUUGAAGAUUGGAACAUGGGGUGUUGGGGGAUGAGGAAGAGGAGAAACGAAUGAGGCAUAAAGUGAUUGUUUUUUGUUGUGAAACUGGUUUUGGUUGAGGGUUCAAGUGUAGGGAAUCUUUUGGUUGGUGAAAGGGGGUUAGAUAUAGAACAAAGAAUGAUAUUCUGUUGUAGAAGAAAGAAAGAGACUAAAAGGGUUUGUUUGUGGUGGGAGUGUCAUUUUCUGAUAACUUUGUUGCUUAAUUUGUCUACAUAGAGAGACUGUUUUACAUUAAUUUACAAAUUUCUUAUAUCUUUUUUUGCUCAAAAUGAGACUCUCUUCAGCUGGUUUUAGUCCUCCACCACCCCAAGAAGGGGAAAAGAAAGUUUUAGAUUCAGAACUUUGGCAUGCAUGUGCUGGCCCUCUUGUCUCUUUGCCAGCAAUUGGAAGUAGAGUUGUGUACUUUCCACAAGGUCACAGUGAACAAGUGGCUGUGUCAACCAACAAGGAAGUGGAUGCCCAUAUUCCAAACUAUCCAAGCUUACCUCCUCAGCUUGUUUGUCAACUUCAUAAUUUGACUAUGCAUGCUGAUGCGGAGACCGAUGAAGUGUAUGCGCAGAUGACUCUGCAACCUCUGAAUGCUCAAGAGCAAAAAGAGGCUUACCUUCCAGCUGAGUUGGGCACUCCGAGUAAACAGCCAACAAACUACUUCUGCAAGACCUUGACUGCUAGUGACACAAGCACUCAUGGGGGAUUCUCUGUGCCUCGCCGUGCGGCUGAAAAAGUGUUUCCUCCAUUGGACUUUUCCCAACAGCCUCCUGCUCAGGAGUUAAUAGCAAGGGAUUUGCAUGGCAAUGAAUGGAAAUUCAGACAUAUAUUCCGGGGGCAGCCGAAAAGGCAUCUACUUACGACAGGAUGGAGUGUUUUUGUGAGUGCUAAAAGACUUGUUGCUGGUGAUUCUGUGCUGUUUAUCUGGAAUGAAAAGAACCAACUGCUUCUUGGCAUACGCCGUGCUAGCCGACCACAAACUGUGAUGCCUUCAUCGGUGUUGUCAAGUGAUAGUAUGCACUUGGGACUUCUCGCUGCAGCAGCGCAUGCGGCUGCAACGAAUAGUCGCUUCACUAUUUUCUAUAACCCACGUGCUUGCCCAUCAGAAUUUGUCAUACCCUUAGCGAAGUAUGUUAAAGCUGUGUAUCAUACUCGAGUUUCAGUUGGUAUGCGAUUCAGGAUGCUGUUUGAAACAGAGGAGUCUAGUGUGCGACGGUACAUGGGUACAAUUACUGGCAUCAGUGACUUGGAUUCUGCCCGGUGGCCAAACUCACAUUGGCGCUCGGUAAAGGUUGGAUGGGAUGAAUCCACUGCCGGAGAAAGGCAACCGAGAGUAUCUUUGUGGGAAAUCGAACCAUUAACAACAUUUCCUAUGUAUCCAUCUCCAUUUCCCCUUAGGCUUAAACGACCAUGGCCUUCUGGUUUGCCUUCAUUCCAUGGCAUGAAAGAUGACGAUUUUGGCAUGAAUUCUCCUUUGUUGUGGCUUCGAGACAAUGAUAGAGGGCUUCAAUCUCUUAAUUUUCAAGGUAUUGGGGUUAACCCUUGGAUGCAGCCAAGAUUUGACCCUUCCAUGCUGAAUAUGCAAACUGAUAUGUAUCAAACUGUGGCUGCUGCUGCGCUUCAAGACAUGAGGAGUGUCGAUCCUACCAAACAGCAUCCUGGUUCCUUACUUCAAUUUCAACAACCGCCAAACUUCCCGAACAGGACUGCUGCUUUAAUGCAGGCACAGAUGUUACAACAGUCACAAUCUCAACAGGCUUUUCAAAAUAAUCAGGACAAUCAGAAUAUAUCGCAACCUCAGCAACAAACUCAGACUCAUACUCAUACACAACAGCAUCUGCAGCACCAGCACUCAUUCAAUAAUCGGCUCCAUCAUCAAAACCAGCAGCAGCAACAACAACAAACUCAACAGCAAGUGGUGGAUAAUCAGCAUAUUUCUGGUUCGAUCUCUACAAUGUCACAGUUUAUGUCAGCGCCUCAACCGCAGUCACCACCACCUAUGCAAGCUCUCCCUUCACUAUGUCAUCAACAGAGUUUUUCUGAUUCAAAUGUAAACUCUUCAACUACUAUUGUUUCUCCUUUGCACAGUAUCCUGGGUUCGUUUCCGCAGGAUGAAACAUCCCAUCUUCUAAGUCUUCCUAGAACAAACUCUUGGGUUCCUGUCCAAAAUUCAACCGGUUGGCCCUCGAAGCGUGUUGCGGUGGAUCCACUCCUUUCUUCAGGAGCUUCUCAAUGUAGUAUGCCCCAGGUGGAACAGGUAGGGCAGCCGCAGAAUAGCAUAUCUCAAAAUGCUAUUACGUUGCCACCGUUUCCUGGGAGGGAGUGCUCAAUAGACCAGGAAGGGAACAAUGAUAUGCAAAGUAAUCUUUUAUUUGGUGUCAAUAUCGAUCCCUCGUCUCUUCUAAUGCAUAAUAGGAUUUCAAACUUUAAGGGGAUUAAUGGAAACAUCAGUGACUCCUCAACCAUGCCCUAUCAUCAUCAAUCUUCUAAUUACAUGAACACCGCAGACACCAAUUCUUCAUUGAAUCAUGGAGUAACGCCUAGUAUUGGUGAAUCUGGUUUCUUGCAAAACCUUGAAAAUGGGGAGCAAGAAAACAACCCACUGAACAAGACCUUUGUGAAGGUUUAUAAAGCAGGGUCCUUCGGAAGAUCAUUGGACAUCACUAAGUUCAGCAGCUACCAUGAGCUGCGUAGUGAGCUCGCCCGAAUGUUUGGACUAGAAGGCGAGUUGGAGGACCCUGUGAGAUCAGGCUGGCAGCUUGUAUUCGUUGACCGAGAGAAUGAUGUUCUUCUCCUCGGUGAUGGCCCUUGGCCGGAAUUUGUGAAUAGUGUUUGGUGCAUCAAGAUACUUUCGCCCGAGGAAGUGCAGCAAAUGGGCAACACUGGCCUCGGGCUUUUAAACUCGGUUCCCAUUCAAAGGCUUUCAAAUAGCAUCUGCGAUGACUAUGUGAGCCGUCAAGAUCAAAGAAAUCUAAGCAGUGGAAUAACAACCGUUGGAUCUCUAGACUACUGAAAGAUGUGACUGUUAAUAGUCUGCAUUUUCAAACACUUGGCCAACUAUGGAAAGGGUUACCUAAAUUAAUAUUAUUUCUAUAGCCUUUUGCUUUUGUUUUCUGUUUUUCAUGGUAGGACUAUUCAUAAACUAAUACUGUAACUAUAUGUUAUCUUCUCAGUGUGCUAGCUACAAUUAUAAACAAUACUUAAUCAAUCCAUUAGGAAAUCAAUGUGUGAAGUUAAGUUAGUUCUCUCUACAAUUCAACUUUUGCCAAACAUAAA